GGGAAGUGGCUUUGUUGUAAUGAUUGUACAAGAAUACAUUCUACUUUGGAGAACCUUCUGGCCAUGGGUGCUGAGAGACUCCCUGAAUCUCUACUGGGCAUUAUAAAGAAAAAGCAAGAGGAGAAAGGACUGGAACCCCUCAAUGAUAUUGACAUAAGAUGGAAGCUUCUUAAUGGCAAAAUUGCUUCUCGUGAAACCAGGCCAUUGCUUUUGGAGGCUGUUUCAAUCUUCCACGGACUUGGGUAUUAUGGGGUGCCAAAGUCCUACAUCGGGUAGUAUGGGGUGCUUGAUGUUGUAUAUAAGGAGAGUGGUUCUUCCACCUUAUCAGCUAGCUUUUAAGGAAUGUUUCAGUCCCAUAGUUGAUGCAAUUAGUGGACGGGACUUUAUUCCAGCCAUGGUUUAUGGAAGGAAUGUUCGGGGGCAGGAGUUUGGAGGAAUGUAUUGUGCAGUAUUAACGGUCAAUUCAUAUGUGGUAUCUGUGGGCAUGCUUCGAAUUUUUGGCAAAGAUAUUGCCGAACUCCCCUUGGUUGCAACCACUAACAAGGACCACGGAAAGGGUUACUUCCAAACACUCUUCUCUUGCAUUGAGAGGCUGCUUUCUUUCUUGAAUGUGAAGAACCUUGUGCUACCAGCUGCAGAAGAAGCAGAAUCGAUAUGGACAGAUAAAUUUGGAUUUAGCAAGAUGAUACCAGACCAGCUUAUCAGCUACAGAAAGAAUUGCCAUCAGAUGGUGACAUUCAAAGGUACAAAUAUGCUUCAUAAAACGGUGCCUCCCUGCCGGAUCAUCCACAAUCAAUCAUGGCAAUCUGAUAUUUAAAAGUCAAAUAUGAAAAGAGAAAACCCCUUUGCUUUUGCGUUUCAUUUUUCACAUUCUGCUGUUUUUGUACAUGUAUCAUGAUCCCUUUCCUGCCCAUUGAUUCAUAAAAUAUUCAUAAUUUAUGGUGAUACGGUUCCUAACUCCUAACUCCCAAGUCCUAACGUAGUUUUGUUCCCAAGUUUAGCAAACACAAGUUCCUUAUCUUGAUCAUGACUAUCACCCCUUUUUGUCAUUCUUCCAAUCACAGAAAAUAUUAGCAAUGGGGAAACACUAUCCAAACUGAUAAUAUACGAUGCAGGUUAUAUAAUGAGCAGCUUUUUCUUUUAUGAUUCAGAA